AUGCAUUCAGAUUGGGCAGGACUACAAAAGGAUUUGCUCGGUCAAGUUUUGACGAGACUAGAAUCACCGAAAGAUUAUUUGCGAUUUAGCGUUGUUUGUAAGUCAUGGUUUUGUUUGGCAAAGAAGAAUCAAAGGGAACUCAUGUCAAGACGCAGUCAACCUCCAAUGCUCUUGAUCACUGAUGAAGAAAAUUCAUGGAGAUUAUACAACAUCAUAGAUGAUAAGGUUCUCGACAUGCAAUUAAGGGCGCCUAACCGACGAUUUUGUGGCUCUUCAAAAGGAUGGUUGAUAUUCGUCGAUGAAACGUUUGCAAUAACCCUACUAAAUCCGUUCUCUGUGAAGCUCAGAGAGAAGAAAAAGAAAGCAAAUGCAACCAUCAUUCGUCUUCCCCCUCUGCAUGGUGAAAAAUGGUGGAUUAGAAAAUGCGAUUAUUAUGUCUGUAGAGCCUCAUUGUCAUCAGACCCAAUAUUGGAUCCAGAGGAUUCUGUUCUUACGGUAAUAUAUGGUGAAAAGUAUCAAUUAGCUUUUAUCAGAUGCAGUAAGGAUAAGCGUUGGACAUAUGCUGACAAUAAUUUCUGUCCAGUUGAAGAUGUGGUUUAUUCUCAAGGUGUAAUUUAUGCAGUUGAUAAUGACAGCCGACUUUUCUCUUACAAUAUCAGUACAUUGUCCAAGUUGGAGCUUUCACAAGGUAAUUCCUCAUAUGCUAAUAAGAUAUAUCUUGUAUUCGAUUCCGAUGAGAAAGAGAUUUGGAUGGUUAAGAGGUAUAUUAAGUACAAAAACAUUAAAAAAUGGCUACGACGCGAAACCACAGAAUUCAAAAUCUUCAAGAUGAAUAUUGAUGAUGAACAUGAGUGGAUUGAAAAAGAAACCCUAGGUAAUGUUGCUUUCUUUGUCGGUGAUAAUUCCUCUGUGUCUGUGGUGGCUUCAGAUUUUCCAGGUUGUCGAUCUAAUUGCAUAUACUUUAGCCAUGAUGAUGAUUUUAUAAGUAGUAGUCUUGAACCAUAUGGACCUAAUGAUUGCGGAGUAUAUGACAUAGCGAGUCGUCGUGUCUUAAAUCCAUAUGCAGAGGAUGCUGAAAAGUUGUUGAGGCAGACAAGCGGGCGACCUCCCAUCUGGUUUGUGCCGCACUUUCAACUUUAA